AUGAGCUCGCCUCAGAAGAAGACCGACGCCGUAGCAGAGGAGAAGUCCUCUGCCGGGAUAGAGACUCUCUCUAUCACCGAGUAUCGCGAGCGUCACAAAGCAAAGCGUGACGCUCUUGCUGCCAAGGCUGCGGCGGGGACAACUCAGCCAGAGAUUGUCCUCGAAGGUUCUUCUGUAGUCAACGAUGCCGUUGACAUCGAGGACGACGACGUGGAGAUGGAAGAGGGCGAGGCCUCUUCUAGCAAGCGCAAGGAGUCUAUCGACAGCGAUAGUCUCGACCCGCAUGCCGAGUCGAGACGCCCUCGUGAAGGAGACGACUCGGACGCUUCGAGCUCGAAGCGUUCGCGCAGCGAGAGCGACACUCCGCUCUCUGCUGCUGGGGCUUUAAGGUCCCCGCGUGAGGUGGCGACUUCAAGCUCUCCGCGUGCAGCUCAGGCAGCGCGCGAUCCGUGGAUGCCGUCUGCGUCAGAGAUCGCAGACCGCGUGGGCAACACUGUGCCUCCAAACGAAAUUCCGCUGUACGUAUGCAGCGGUAUCCACGACGAUGCUGUUGCGGAGGAGCAGCACUUUGAUCCGUUAACGAAUCAAAGGCGCGAUUAUUACAUCGGGCUCUUCCACGAGCUCCGGUACUUCUCCAGCAAGAAGACCUCUUCUCGCAGCAAAGUGCCUGAGUGGCAGGCACUUUGUCAAAGUUGGAACGCUUUUGUUGAGAACUUCAACAAGAAGCCGGCUGCUUACCGCGAGCGGGUUAAGCAUGCCCGUGAACGCUUCGAGACAUUCUCGACGCGCGGGAGGCUGGAGCAGCUCCAGCGAUCCUCUGCAGACGCUGGUAUUCCAUGCGCUGUGCCCGAAGGCCAUCAGUGCACGUUGUGUCUUCCGGGUGCGGCGCGCUUGAGCGACCGUGACCUAAACGGGUACACGACGAUUCGUGUACCUGAGAGUCUCAAGGAUCUCCGUGCCAAGUUCUUGGCACGUGAGGAACGCGGCGAUCGUGGGGCCUCGGGCGCUGUAGGUGACCACAGCGCUCGCACUACCUUCGCGUCGGCAGUGCGUGGUGAGCUUCGUACUCCCUCACCAUUUCCGGAACGUCCUGCAGCAGGACGUUCCGUGGCUCCCAUCGUGUUGAGCCGCGGGCGUCGCGGAUCGGAGGCGGCGGUGGUGGGAACACGCUCCGGGUAUCGUCAACCUGGGGUUGACCUUGGCCCGACGCUCGAGGAGCGGGUCGUUGCUGUGGAGCAGCUUCAGAGCCGUGAGUUCGCCGCUCUGAAGCAGGAGAUGGCGACCUGA